AUGUCCCCGAGGUCCUUAAAAGUCGAGUUUGGCAAAUGUCGUUUGAAUUCCACAGCACCCACAACACAAAAUCGGAUGCCACCACAGUUAACACCAGUGAGCGUCAGCUCUCUCGCGGCAGACGAACGCAUAUGCCCCAUCUGUCGUGAAGAAUUUGGUGUUGGAACAAGCGGAGAAACAGUCAAAACCCAAUGCAAUCACAUUUUUGAUCGCAACUGCAUCCAGCAGUGGUUCAGUGUAGGCAAUUCAACUUGUCCCAUUUGCCGACAGGAUCUUCGGCAGGUAGAAGAAGGUGGUGACUACCUUGAUCGCAUCCAAAUGCCAGAUGACUUGCGUGAUCAAAUCCGAGCCAUCGACGAAGCUUACGAAAGACAAAGUCACGAACUCAGAGAACGGAGUAACUUACGAUUUCGAGAAACACUAGAGGAGUAUCGCAGGAACGCACUACUUGGCCACAUCAGAGCCUUAGAACUGCAACAAGCACGAGCGGAGGAAGUUGGUGGUGAUUCCGACAACGACGAAUCUGGUGACGACGCCGGAGAAUGGGAGGAAUACGAACCAAACCCGCCAUCUUCGCCCGUAAACUACCCCAGCCACAGACAGCCCGCUCCCCCACGAAGCCGAAAUCGCGAACAACGAGUAGUUACACUUCCAGAUGCCAUAUAUCGCGCCGAAUUCAACUACAGACGCGCGCUCGCCGAGCUCGAAGACAUCGACCGACGUAUCGCGCUCCAGAGACAACGAUACACCGACAGCAUCGAUCAACACCAUCAAUCCGAACGACGCAUCUUGAAUACAUUCACGGAAUUCGCGACUGCGGCCCAAAGCAACGAUCGCAACGCCAUUGACAGUGCGCUGGCGACGCAGGAAUCGGUGACGCCGUUCUUGAAUCAUGCGUAUGCGGUGUCGCAACAGGAGGUGCUGCGGCUUGAGGGCCUCAUGCGGGACAGAUCUGGACUGUGGGAUGGAUUCACGAGGGCGAGGGAGGUGUUUGCGGUUGAGAGACAGAGGUUUAUGGACGGGGUUAGGGAGAGGGUUAGGGAGAGGGAGAGGAGGAGGUAA